ACUAGAAGGACGUACAGAGAGUCUCCCUGCUUCUCUCUUGUAAAAUCAUGGUCUGUUAAUUACUGUUGAAGAAUGCCUGCCUGUUAGAUGAGGUUAUAUAACCCGGUGGAGCUCAGAGGUUACACUGCAAUCACUGACACAGUUCAUUUGUCUGAGAGAGAGGCAGAGAGGCACUCUGAACACAACUACAGCAAGCUGAGAGGACUGACACGUGAAGAGAGAGAGAGAGAGAGAGAGAGAGCGAGAGAGCUGUAUUUAAAGGAAGAGAGUGAGUGUGUGAGACAGGAAGAGGAGAGAGAGAGAGAGAGAACACAUCCCUGAGUGCCUGAGAGAGUGAUUAAUUAGUGUUUGAGAGAGUGUGCUAGUGACAUAAUUAAAAUUCAAGAGAGUGAUAGAUUUGUGCAUAACCUCAGAGAGUGCUAUAGUGUGAAGAGAGUGCUGUACACAGUGUUAUAUAAAGAGUGACACGUUGAGAUGGAUCAGAUGGAUCGCUCCGUGGCCUGCUCCCCCCCUCUCUCCAGAGUGGUAGUGUCUGGCGGUACCCACGGCAACGAGCUGGCGGGGGUGUGUCUGGUGAAGGAGUGGCUGAGGGGAGACAGCGCCCCCUGCCUGGAGAGGAGCAGCUUCACGGCUCAGCCGCUGCUGGCAAACCCCAGAGCAACAGAACAGGGCGUGCGAUACGUGAAUACAGACCUGAAUCGCUGCUUUAAAACACACACACUGAG